AGAAUCGCUUCAAUGUUACUUGUAGAAAUGACAGUUUUGUUGGUUUGUUGCUUGUUAUUUCUUCUAUUCUCCAUCGUUAGUUGUUCCAACGACCUAAAUAUAGUUGAUAGUGCACAGUUAUUGCCCAACUCUGGUAGUCCUGUGCAAGCUAAAUAUUUACACGCACCCGACGGUUCGUUUACUAUAUAUCUUAGGACAGAAGCUGGAAAGGUAUUUAGGAACUCACUGUCAGGGAAAGGUCCCUGGAAUUUACAACUGAGUGAAGAAGAAUAUUUGAAAGGAUUCUUUGCCAUUGACUUGAUCAGUCAUCCCACAAAUCCCAACAAGUUACUAGUAGUUGAUAAGAAAGGCUCGUUUGCAGUAACUACAGAAGCUUUGAGUAAAAGAGACAAGCUCUCUUAUGACAUUAUUUCUGUUGGCAAAGACUUGAAAGGUUCUAUUUCAGUAGAAAAUGUGAAACAGCAUCCCGAUUAUCCCGACUAUUUACUAGCUGCAAUAUUUGCUGGUGACUGUGGAGAUCUUAGUCCUUCACAACGUGAAGAUAUUCCUUUCUGUACGCGACUUGUUUAUGGCUCUAAUGACUUUGGUUUUUCUUGGUCGUUUCUUCAAGAUUUUGUUUAUGAUUAUGAAUUUAUGCCAACUCUUGUUGUACAGAAUUGUCCCUAUGUGAAGAGACGCAAUUACUUCCUUCCCUUUCUUCAUCGGAAUCAGCCACAUGUAGUAACUAUUUUGACUAUAGUAUCGGAAGAGGAUCGAGAUAAACCUCAAGACUUAUUUUCUUGGCAUGGUAAUGUUGAACUUGUUGCUUCUGUGGACUGGUUUCAGAGUAAGCCUCAACUUGUCAUGUCUCAUAUUUAUUCUUUUGCUUUUGUGGGCAAUCUCUUAUAUGCUGCUCAAGUGGAUCCACGUGAGCAUUCAUCUGUCCUUUUGAAAGUAAGCAAAGAUGGUGGUUCAACUUUUGAACCUGUCAGUAUGCCAUUUGUAUUACAACAACAAAGCUUUCAUAUUAUGUCGACUGAGAAGGUUGGAGGUCAAAAUGCCCUUUUGGCUGUACUUCAUGGAGUGGAAGAUUCCAAACCAUUUUAUAAUUUGUAUCUUAGUGAUUCUACUGGAACUAGAUUUUCUUUGAGUUUAAGGAGAGCCAUUUUUGAGGAUUUUAGUCUCAUUAGAGGAGUACAAGGAAUGAUGUUGACCAAUGCUUAUGAUCCUGAAGCUUCUCAUUUAGAUCGUCCAAGAACAUUAUUAUCUUUUGAUAAUGGUGGAGCCUGGCAUCGUUUGAUAAUGAAUGAAUCAGCUGUUCCUCACUUUUAUUUUUAUAAAAGAGAUGUACAGAACAACAAAUACUAUUUGGCAUCUCCCAACUCGGAAUUGUUGUUAUUUGGAAGUGCUUUAUCCAAUUAUGAAGAAUAUCAUUUUGAAUCAGCAUAUUCCUUAAACACAACUAGUGGGUAUAUUUUAGCUCAUGGAGUUCUUUUGCCUGGUCCCGAUGCCACUUUGAGAAGUGACACUGCUUCUUUAUGGUUAAGUUCCAAUGGUGGAAUUACUUGGUUGGAAAUAUCCUCCCCAGGUCAAUAUAUUUUUGAAUAUGGUGAUUAUGGCUCCUUGAUUGUAUAUUCCCCAAUGGAAAAGACUGACUUCAUACGAUAUAGUUGGACUGGAGGCAUAUCUUGGUUAUCCAUUUCAUUGGAUAAAGAAAUGUUCAUUUCCAACAUACUAUCGGAACCAGACGCAGUUCAAGAACGAAUGUUGGUAUUGGGUAAAAGAGACAAUGAUGGAAUAGUGGUUUAUAUAGACUUUGGUAACCUUAAUAUACGUCCAUGUGAUAGUUUAUCUGAUCCUGUUACUUUGUCAAAAAUGAAACCUUGCGUUGAUGAUCCUACUAAAUGGAAUGACAAUAAUGAGUUUCAUCAAGAUAAAUCUUCCGAUGAGAGUGAUUAUUGUAGUUUUUGUCCAGCUGAUGCUUUGGAAGGAAAAUGUCCUUUGGGAAGAAAGAAUUGUUAUACGAGAAGAAGAGCAGAAGUGCUUUGUAAUAACCGAGAAUCUUUUACGAGUAGAAUAGCCUCCAUUUCAUGUCCUUGUACAUUGGAUGAUUAUCAAUGCGAUAUUGGCUAUGAACGAAAACCCGGUUCUACCGAAUGUCAUCCUUCUUAUGGUACCCAGGAAUUUUCAAGCAAAUGUGGUUACUUGGAAAGCAAAGGAUAUGUACUUAUUCCGGGCGAUACUUGUGAUGUGACAAAGGGACUCAAUCUGUUGCCUAGUCGUCAUAGUUGUGUUUCAUAUUGGAUACGACGCUUUGUGUAUUUUGUAUUUUGGAUAUUAAGUAUUCCGUUGGUCAUGUGUUGUAUGAUAUUGUUGGGUGGUUGCAUAAAAGGCGACUUUCGAGAUGUUAGUUCUUGGGAAGAGAUAUUAGGGUUGUUGAUUGGUGAAUGUAGAGCGGCUGGAAUAUCUUUUUUGAUUGGAAUUCAAUGGAUAUUUUCUGUAUUUCAAUCAUUCCUGGAAAAUGUUAUCAACACAUCUCGAGGACUGGCCAGAGGAUAUACUGUUAUUGGUCGAAAUUGAUAAGUUUGAUAUAUUUUUAUAUACUCGUUAGAGUUGUAGUUGGAUAGAGUUGUUGUUGGGUUGGGAUCUUUUACAAGAUUGUACUCUACUACAUGAGGAACAUUGAUUAUCCAGUGUUGACUAUUACAGAAUAGGAUAGGUUUUUUUUCAUUAUCUCAUGUUGGAAGGAGAGCUAUUGAAUAGAUAAUGAGACGCUACUCUUUAGGAAUGCAUAAACUUGUUCUCGUUCAGGAAAUCUCUAGAAAUUUUGUAAAUGAAAGUAAAUCUUUCAAAUAUCAACCUUUUGACAUAGAAUAGAAAGGAUUGAUUCAAAUAGCCAAAAAAUGGGGAACCAAAUAGGACCAUUAAGGAAAGCAAUCAAAAGCAAUCCAAAAGAAAAUAAAAAAAAUGUCAUUUUA